GAUGACUGUGUCUAUGGAUGGGGUUAUAAUAGGUACGGACAGUUAGGUUGUGGAUCAGACAGUGAUAUACAAAACGGAACCAUAUUUCUAGUGAAUUUCAAUCCUAAUCACGAAAUUAAAAGCAUUUAUUGUUGUGCUUACUCUUCAUUUGCCAUAACAUCUGAGGGACAGGUGUAUAGUUGGGGUCGAAAUGAUUGGUAUAAUUUGGGACACAAUUCAUCGGAUAAUAUAUGGAAACCACAACUCAUUGCAGACAUGACUGUUGUUUCCGAAGUGAAUACUUAUAAGCGUUUGUUCGAAGAGUUGCAUUCAUUAGGUUCGGGAGCUUUUGGAGAAAUGAUGACAAUUUACGGGGAUGUAUGCAAGAAAUGCAAAAAUUGGUAAAAGUUAGGUCAGAAUAUUGUGUCCAAUAUAUGGGUCAAUGGAUUGAAAACAAUGUGUAUUACAUUCAAAUGGAGUUGUGUUCCCAUAGUCUGAAGAAUAUUCUUCAACAAAAACCACAAGUAUUUGGUCGACAACCGGGAGAACCCA